AGGACGCGCCGGGGCCGCCUCCUCCCGCACGGACCCAUGAACCAGCCGGGCGGCGCGGCGGCUCCGCAGGCUGACGGAGCCAGUGCGGCCGGAAGGAAAAGUACCGCGAGCAGGGAGCGCUUGAAGCGCAGUCAGAAGAGCAGCAAGGUGGAGGGCCCCGAGCCCGCGGCGGCCGAGGCCUCGCUCAGCGCCGAGCAGGGAACGAUGACGGAGGUGAAGGUGAAGACGGAGCUGCCCGACGACUACAUCCAGGAGGUGAUCUGGCAGGGCGAGGCCAAGGAGGAGAAGAAGGCGGUCAGCAAGGACGGGACCGGCGACGUGCCCGCCGAGAUCUGCGUGGUUAUCGGCGGCGUCCGCAACCAGCAGACCCUGGAUGGAAAAGCGCCCGAAGGCAGCCCCCACGGCGGAUCUGUGCGAAGCCGGUAUUCAGGGACCUGGAUUUUUGACCAAGCGUUGAGAUAUGCAUCGGGGUCCUACGAGUGUGGAAUCUGCGGCAAGAAGUACAAGUACUACAACUGCUUCCAGACCCACGUCCGGGCACACCGAGAUACUGAAGCCACCUCAGGAGAGGGCGCCUCCCAGAGCAACAAUUUCAGGUACACGUGUGACAUCUGCGGCAAGAAAUACAAAUACUACAGCUGUUUCCAGGAGCACCGGGACCUGCACGCGGUGGAUGUGUUUAGCGUGGAAGGGGCCCCCGAGAAUCGGGCAGACCCCUUUGACCAAGGUGUCGUGGCCACGGACGAGGUGAAGGAGGAGCCCCCGGAGCCAUUCCAGAAAAUCGGGCCAAAAACUGGGAACUACACCUGUGAAUUCUGCGGGAAGCAGUACAAGUACUACACGCCCUACCAGGAGCACGUGGCCUUGCACGCCCCCAUCAGUACCGCCCCCGGGUGGGAGCCUCCAGACGAUCCAGACACAGGCUCUGAGUGCUCGCAUCCAGAGGUCUCCCCAACUCCUCGCUUUGUGGCCGCCAAGACCCAGACGAACCAGCCAGGGAAGAAAGCUCCGGCCUCGGUGGUCCGCUGUGCCACGCUCUUACACCGCACCCCUCCAGCCACGCAGACCCAGACGUUCCGCACUCCUAACUCGGGAUCUCCGGCAAGCAAGGCGACCGCAGCAGAAAGCGCUUUCAGUCGCAGGGUAGAAGGCAAAGCACAAAACCACUUUGAAGAGACCAACAGCAGUUCCCAGAACUCGAGCGAGCCAUACACAUGCGGCGCCUGUGGGAUCCAGUUCCAGUUCUACAACAACCUGUUGGAGCACAUGCAGUCCCACGCAGCUGACAAUGAAAACAACAUUGCCUCCAACCAGUCCCGGUCACCACCUGCUGUUGUGGAAGAGAAGUGGAAACCCCAGGCUCAGAGGAACAGUGCCAAUAACACCACGACCGGUGGCUUAACACCCAACAGCAUGAUCCCCGAGAAGGAGAGGCAGAACAUCGCGGAGCGGCUGCUGCGGGUCAUGUGCGCCGACCUGGGGGCGCUGAGCGUCGUCAGCGGGAAGGAGUUCCUGAAGUUGGCCCAGACCUUGGUGGACAGCGGCGCCCGCUAUGGCGCCUUCUCGGUCACCGAGAUCCUGGGCAACUUCAACACGCUGGCGCUGAAGCACCUGCCGCGCAUGUACAACCAGGUGAAGGUGAAAGUGACGUGCGCCCUGGGCAGCAACGCCUGCCUGGGCAUCGGCGUCACCUGCCACUCACAGAGCGUCGGCCCCGACUCCUGCUACAUCCUCACCGCCUACCAGGCUGAGGGCAACCACAUCAAGAGCUACGUGCUGGGAGUGAAGGGCGCGGACAUCCGCGACAGCGGCGACCUGGUGCACCACUGGGUGCAGAACGUGCUGUCGGAGUUCGUGAUGUCGGAGAUCAGGACAGUGUACGUGACGGACUGCCGGGUGAGCGCGUCCGCCUUCUCCAAGGCCGGCAUGUGCCUUCGCUGCUCAGCCUGUGCCUUGAACUCGGUGGUGCAGAGCGUGCUGAGCAAGCGGACGCUGCAGGCCCGGAGCAUGCACGAGGUCAUCGAGCUGCUGAAUGUGUGCGAGGACCUGGCAGGCUCCACGGGCCUGGCCAAGGAGACCUUCGGGUCGCUGGAGGAGACCCCGCCGCCGCCCUGCUGGAACUCCGUGACGGACUCGCUGCUGCUGGUGCACGAGCGCUACGAGCAGAUCUGCGAGUUCUACAGCCGCGCCAAGAAGAUGAACCUCAUCCAAAGCCUCAAUAAACACCUGCUCAGCAACCUGGCCGCCAUCCUGACGCCCGUCAAGCAGGCGGUCAUCGAGCUGAGCAACGAGAGCCAGCCCACCCUGCAGCUGGUGCUGCCCACCUACGUGAGGCUGGAGAAGCUCUUCACGGCCAAGGCCAACGACGCGGGCACCGUCAGCAAGCUGUGCCACCUCUUCCUGGAGGCGCUCAAGGAGAACUUCAAGGUGCACCCCGCCCACAAGGUGGCCAUGAUCCUGGACCCGCAGCAGAAGCUGCGGCCCGUGCCGCCCUACCAGCACGAGGAGAUCAUCGGCAAGGUGUGCGAGCUCAUCAGUGAGGUCAAGGAGUCGUGGACCGAGGAGGCUGACUUUGAGCCGGCCGCCAAGAAGCCCCGCUCCGCCGCCACCGAGAGCCCCGCCGCGCAGGAGGAUGACCGGCUGGGCAAGAACGAGGUGUACGACUACCUGCAGGAGCCCCUCUUCCAGGCCACCCCUGAUCUCUUCCAGUACUGGUCGUGCGUGACCCAAAAGCACACGAAACUGGCCAAGCUCGCCUUCUGGCUCCUGGCGGUUCCGGCCGUGGGGGCGCGAAGCGGGUGUGUAAAUAUGUGUGAACAAGCACUUCUAAUCAAAAGGAGGCGGCUGCUCAGUCCGGAAGAUAUGAACAAACUCAUGUUUCUGAAAUCCAACAUGCUUUAAGAUGUUAACUUCGGGGGAAAAAAAUAAGAAAACAGCAGAGAACAUUAGAAAACACACACACACACACACACAAAACACUGUCACAAACAAAGAAAAGGAAUUUAAGUUCUAAACACUGUGGACCUCAUUCUAACUGCCCCCUGGAAACUUAAGUGCUUUUUUACCGGUGUGUGUGUGUGUGUGCAUGUGUGUACACACCCACACCCAGGGGUGCGUGUCCGAACACGUGUGCCGUGGCAGUAGGGGCGUGGAGGCCUCUGCGCCCGUCUCCAUGGCCAGAGCAGCCUCGCACACGCGUGUACACACAUACCACCCUGGUGCAUGCCCACGUGCCUGCUUGCAGGCGCAUGCGCAUUGAGCUGGGUGUGUCAGGAAGGGGAGGGGGAGGGAGGAGGGCGGGCUGGUGCCCUCCCCCUCUUGGGAAGGGUCUUAGAAGACUUGGUGUUCAGGUGCGCAGAUGGGGGGAAACUGAGGUUGUGAAACGUUCAGGCAGCUGAGAUCUGGAGUGACUUGAUGCCCGCUCUCCUCCUCCUCCCCAGCCCCGCCCCUCCCCUGCCCCCUGCUGCUCUGCCACGGAGUCUCCCGCCGCCGGCACCAGAUGGACAGUGUGUGCACUGGACUUGGCUUCUCGUUCACCUUCAGGGCAUUGAGCUGCCGCCCCCCCGUGCCGCCUCUCUGGUGCGCGGGGGCAGCCGCCUUAGAAACACAUCUAUCUAUCUCCCCAAAUCAGGAAAGGAGACUUUUCAGACUAUAAAGCUGACGUUUUUGCUUUUUAAUAUAAGAGAGAGGAAGGAAGAAAAAAAAAAAGACAUUUUUCAGAGAAGUAUAGAUACCGUCUCCACUCCUUAAUGGGUUUUUUUCUCCUAACAUGAUAGCAAGUUCCACCGUUUUUGGGGGUCCGUUCUGUUUUGUCAGAUGCGAUGUAGACUCUGCUAGGAGGCACUGAAUGUCUGUAACUUAUGUUUGGGAGUUUCGUUUGCCGUUUCUGUUCCUCGAGUCACACUGUAAACUAGCUCAUCUCAGUGGUCUAGUCGGUACCCUAGGAUUUCACUAACCUUUGCUGUACAGUAAGGUUUUCAUGUAUCUCGGCGGCCAAGGUCAAGUACUUGGCUGUGCUGUCUGGGAGACCAAGGCUGAGGGAGGAGGGGCGGGUUCCAUGGAUGUCG